UGCCCCGGCCUCGAGGGAAGGGGAGGGCAAGGUGCGGACGGGAAGGGACGUGACAAUCCCUGCGGGACGGUGGCUUCACCCGAGCGGCGAGGAGGAGAGGCACGAGCCCGCUGGGAGCGACUCUGCUGCUAUUUCCAGUGUGUGUUUUCCUGGACUGAAAAUACCAGAUCCCACAGUCUAUAGCCAGCAACUUUCUGCUGUGUGAAACGAACGUGCUGCAAUCCAGGGGCAGAGAUUAUCUACCCACAGUUAUCCUUGAGGUGCUGUUGCUGCUACCUCUGUGCUGCUGUGGAAUCCAUUUCUCCUAGACUCUUGUGCAGGUCAGGAAACCAGCUGGGAUUAAAAAAAUUAUUGCCUAAUGAUUCAUCUGUAAUUAUUGGAUACAAUGUCUGCACCGAGUGGCAUCCCUGUUCCAUCUGCACCACCUUCUUAUGAGGAAACAACAGGAAUCAGUGUGAACUAUCCUCAGCCUUAUCCUACCCCAGAACAUGGCCAGAAACCAGAUGGGAAAAGAAUGAACUCUUCCCCGUAUGUGGGACAGCCUUCACCACUGCAUAACCCCAUUACAGUUCAGACAGUGUACGUGCAGCAACCAGUAGUGUUUUGUGACCGCCCAGUUCAGAUGUGCUGCCCUUCCUGCAAUCAGAUGAUAGUGACACGUCUCUCGUAUGACUCAGGAGCUUUGACGUGGCUGUCAUGUGGUGGCCUUUUCCUGUUGGGGUGUGUAGCUGGCUGCUGCUUAAUUCCUUUCUGCAUUGAUGCCCUAAAGGAUGUGGAUCACAGCUGUCCAAACUGCAGUACUCUUCUUGGGUCUUACAAACGUUUAUAGGCAGUGUUUAAACAUUGAUAAUUGAUUGAAGUUGGUUAGCAUCUCUACAAGCCCUUUUUGAAGCUUCUUGGAGACUUCUGAUUGUUUCUGUGCAUCCUGUCACUGGAAACCAAACAAAAGUAAUGUUUAUUGCUAGAUUGUUUGAGUAAGAAUUUGCUUGAGGGGAUUCUGACUUAAGUCUGUAAAAACUAUAUUUAAUCUUUAAGGGCCACUCAGUGCAGGACCAGUUGAUGACAACUAUGUUUUCCCUUUCUGCUUUACGUAGAACAGGUUCGCGAUGUCCUUCAGUUAAUCUCAUUUCAACUAUGCUGCAAACUGGUGUGCUUGCUUAUAGUCAGCUCAGACAGGGAGGAGAACAUCUAUGGAGAACUAGAUAGUCUCGUGCUUAGUGCUGAUGCUUUUGUAACGGCACCGUUUGCAAACUGGCAGGGAGCUGCUUCACUCUGGGACAAGUGCCCCUCUUUGACAAAAUAAGCGAUUUGUUGGCAUCUGUUCAUGAGUGCUAAAAUUCACUUUAAAACUUUCUUAGUUGAAAGAGAACCAAACAUAGAGGCUUCAUCCUUUUUGGAGGCUACUUUACCAAAUGGACAACUCAGAUUAUAAUGCGUUAAUGGUGAUUCAGUCUAGUACCCGAAUUUCCUUUCCAGUUUCAGUUCUAGUCAUACUUCUACUCUACAGUAAAGAUGUUCAUACAUGAAUUAUUAAUAGGUACUUGUUCAGUGGUUUUUGAUUGGUUGGGAUUUUUUUACUGCUGAUCUAGAUGUCUGUCAAGUGUUCUCUUUGCUCCAGUCCAGUGGAAGUGCCCAUAUAG